CCUCUGUUGCACCGUAGGUUGCUUCCUUGCCUUGUCUUGCCUGGUUGAGCCGGAACGUGUGGCACAGAGAGCGUCGUCAUGGCGGAGCAAGCUAAGGCGCCCACCGAGGCGAUGGCGACGGCGUCGUCUAUCGAUCCCUGGGAGACUUACGGAGGAAUGCGGGCGCUGGGCUUCAACGUCAUCUUGUCAUUCAUACUGGCAACUGUCUUCAAUGUUGUUUUCAGCUAUCCAACUCUACCUAGCUGGAUACCAUCUCCCCUAUUCCCCGUACACAUCAAAAACAUUCACAGGGGUAAGCAUGGCAGCGAUUCCUCGACUUAUGACACGGAGGGGAGGUUCAUGCCGGUCAAUUUUGCGAGUAUCUUCAGCAAGAACGCCCGCACCGCAGCGGACAAGCUCACCUUGGGUGAGAUCUGGAGGAUGACCGAGGGCAACCGGCUGCAGUACGACUUCUUCGGAUGGAUAGCAAGCAAGGGGGAGUGGAUAUUGCUGUACUUGCUCGCGAAGGACGACGAAGGGUUCCUUCCGAGAGAGGCUGCUCGCCGCUGCUUCGAUGGGAGCUUGUUCGAGUUCAUUGCUCAUCAAAGGAGGCAAGCACACGAGAAGCAGCAGUAGACUGUCACUCUCUUAUCCUGGAA